UUUAAUAAUACUGCCGAUUUUUCAAGCAAAAUGGGUAAAAGACAGCAUCAGAAAGAUAAAAUGUAUCUCACCUACACCGAAUGGUCGGAAUUGUAUGGUGGGAAGAAAUUUGAGUCAGCUGAAAACGAACAUGUGAAAUUUAAACGUUUACCUUACGAUUGCUGCUGCAUUACCCUGGUACCCUUUGAAAUACCCUAUUCUGAUGAAGAGGGCAAUGUUUUCGAGCUACAAGCCAUACACGAUUUCAUAAAGAAAUUCAAAGUGAAUCCUGUUACAGGGAAACCGCUAGAUGCCAAGGCAUUAGUAAAACUAAAUUUCCAUAAAAAUUCUGAAGAUGAAUAUCACUGCCCCGCUUUGUUUAAACCUUUCACGAAAAAUUCCCACAUAGUGGCCUUGAAAACCACAGGGAAUGUUUAUUCGUGGGAAGCCAUCGAGCAGUUAAACAUAAAAGCCAAAAGUUGGAAAGAUUUAAUUGAUGAUACCCCGUUUCAACGCAAAGAUAUUAUAACCAUACAGGAUCCACAGCAUUUAGAGAAAUUUGAUAUUUCACGAUUCUAUUAUAUUAAAAAGAAUUUAAGAGUUCUAACGGAGGAAGAAGAAUUGGAGCGGAAUGAUCCGACGAAGAAAAUUAAGACCAUGAAUUUGGAGACUCGCGAAACUUUGGAACAGCUGGAAAGAGAUUAUAAGGAAAAAGAGGUACAUGCCACCACCUCAAAACAGACAGCAGAUAAAUUUAAUGCCGCCCAUUAUUCAACGGGUGCUGUGGCGGCCAGUUUUACUUCCACUGCCAUGUCAGUGGAGGUGAAUCAUGAAGCUGCCAUAAUUGAUGAAGAUAUGGUGUUGUACGAUCGUGUCAAAAAGAAGGGAUACGUUCGUUUAAGUACCAAUAUGGGCCCGUUGAAUUUGGAAUUGUAUUGUGAUCAGGUGCCAAAAACAUGUCACAAUUUUAUACGCCACUGUGCGGAUGGGUAUUAUAAUGGCACAUUGUUUCAUCGUUCUAUAAGAAAUUUUAUGGUUCAGGGCGGAGAUCCAACGGGCAAGGGUACAGGGGGUACUUCGAUUUGGGGCAAAAAAUUUGAUGAUGAAUUUAAGCCGAACUUAACGCAUUCUGGAAGGGGUAUGCUUUCCAUGGCAAAUUCGGGACCUAAUACAAAUGGUUCACAAUUCUUUAUAACCUAUCGCUCCUGCAAACAUUUGGAUGGCAAACACACGGUGUUUGGCAAAGUGGUCGGUGGCUUGGAAACAUUACAAAAAAUGGAACAAAUCGAAGUGGAUAACAAAGAUCGUCCCAUUGAGGAUAUCAUCAUAGAGUCCGUACAAGUUUAUGUUGACCCAUACAAAGAAGCUGAAGAACAAUUGGCCGAAGAAAGAGCCCAAGAAGUUGAAAAACAACAACAAGAGAAACAGCAAGAACAGACAAAGAAACGUAUGAAAGAACCUUUGAAGGUAUAUCGUGAGGGUGUGGGUAAAUAUUUGAACAUACAAGCAACCAAGCAGGCUCAGAAAGAAGAAACCCCCACACCGAUCUUGUUUGGUGGUGCGGUCGUGAGAAAGAAAGCAUCAGGAAAGUCCGGCUUUGGAGACUUCUCAUCUUGGUAA